AUGAACAAGCUCUUUGUUGUCGUAUUCGUGGUCGCCAUUGGGGCAAGUUAUGGGCUUUUCUUAGACAAUGUAAGUAGUUUUUUACUUGGUUGUAUUCAGUAUUUUAGUGCCUUUUAAACGAAUUUUAACUUUAAUCAUUUUACUGCAAUUGAUUUUGUGUGGCUGCCAGAAUGAUGGCAGUAAGCCUUCGAUCUAUUUUACAGCUUUCUUUGUAAAAGUUGAUUCAAUAAUGAUUUCCUAUCCCAAUAGUUGUAGUUAUUGUAUUUUCUUGUUUUUGUAGCUUCCCAACUUUUGCAAGGCAGAUAAGGACUGUCGAGCUCACACGUGUUGUGCUUUUGGCCUGGCGUGUCUCCCGAAACUUCGUGCCAACAUGCCUUGUGGUGACAGAUUCUCGGUGAGUAAGCCGCGCUGGGAAGCUGAAUCUCAGCUAGGAUUUUAGAUUUUGAGAGUGUUUCGAAAUUUCUAGGGGGGGAGGUCGCCGAAAUUUUUCCGCACAUAUCGUAAUUUUUCCUGGAAUGCAAAAAUUUUCCGGACACAUCGUGGGGCAUGUCGUAACUUGAUGGCAAGGGCCCACAACGAGUUCACGUUGGCUCGUCCCCAGCCAGCACGUCCCUGAGGUAGUGACACUAACACCAGAAAGCUGUGGAUUGAAAAAGAUUCAACUCUUUUUAAAAUACACGUAAAAUGUCGACGAAAUGCUCGAAACGUCGAAGUUUCACUCAGGGACGCCGGAGCGAGGGUAGGGCACAAGGGGGCAAUGUUGACGUAAGGGCAAUCAGUAAUUAAUAUUUCGUUUCCGAAAAAUUUUUCCGGAACCUUAAUUCACCAAAACAAGGGCAAAAAAUUUUCCGGAACCUUAAUUCACCAAAACAAGGGCAAACAAAUUUCAAAGUUAACCUAAUUUUUGACUAAUAUUCCAGAAAAUGUCACGUAUAUUUCAAUAUUACGUCCAUUUCACGCGUAAUUCACACUUUUUAAUCGUUGUACCUCAUAUUUUUUUGGGUUAGAAUUUCUACUCUAAGGGCACUUUCGCCACCCCUGCCCCCCUUACCAAAGGGCAAGGGGGGCGAUGCCCCCUGUGCCUCCCCUUUCCGGCGUCCCUGGUUUCACUUGUCUUUUUCAGGUUGUUGAAUCCAUUUCAAACCACAGCUUUCCAAUCCAAUAUAUAAAUACGUUUUAUCAUAUUUCUAUCUCUUUUUUUACAAGUCUUUGCACAAAUGUGGCUGCGACGAUGGUUUGGAAUGCCAAGUGACGCAGGUCAUUAAUGUUAAUGUUGGAGACAUUGAAAAAGUGGUGAAGAUCAGACAAUGUAGGGCAGCUGAAGAGAAGGUUAUUCCUAGGAAAGUUGAUUACGAAGCAGACGAACCCAGACAAAAACGCUUGCUCAGUGGUAUCAUCAGCGGUGGCAUUAAUACAUUGCUCAGAGUAAGUAUAGACGGUGGAAAAGGGGCUUCAAUGGCGCAAACCAAGCGCUUUUUACCUUCGUUUCUCGCUACUGUGACGUGAAGUCAGUCACGUCAUAAACAUUCUUAAUUUAAGACAUUGCGUAAUUUUGCUGAGUCAUGGUUUUGCUAUAUUUAUCUUAUACGUAAUAUCUAAAAAUAGCGUUUAUGUAAUGUUCUAUAAAUAUCUAUCGGAUAGUAUAUAAACAGCGAAAGCUUAAGUUAAAAGAUAGUUAGAAGAUUAUUAGAAAGGAUUAGAAAUAGUAGUUUGUUGUUGUUGUUGUUAAAGAAGAAUAAAUUGAUAUUAUUGGUUUAUUGUCGUCGAAAAGUUUAUAAGACUCAGAAGAAGGAUAUUCCAAAUACAAAAAAGCCUCCUUGGCCAGGGCGUGUCGCUGUGUCUGGUCAAGGCGGGCAACGAGCGUAAACAAGAUGAAGAUGCAGACAUACAUUUUUGUUCGUUGUCGCCCGCGAACGUAACACUACGGACUCAUGUGAAAAAAUCCUGUCAACGCUCUGCCAAAAAUCGUGUAUUUUCUCCAAACGCUCUGGUUUCCUCCCACAGGGAAAGUUGACAGAGUGGGUUAGGAUAAACACAGUUAGGAAAGCAACAUCAGAAUUGUCGUAAAGAUAAAUAGUCUAGGUUAAGUAACAUAUGUAAAUAAGCGUAAUACUUGAUGUACUCGGUUACUGAAAAGCUCCGAAGGGGAGUGAGCUGUAUUACCUGUAUGUAUAUUAAGGUCGCGGGUUCGGGUCCUGUGCAGGGUUUACGGUAAAUUAACAUUAGUCUGACAGGUUUUAUUUUUAUUUCACAGAAAUGCAGCGAGGCAUCCGCCUGCGGAGAUAAACGUUGCUGUGCCAGUUUGCCACUUCUCGGUAAAAGAUGUAUUCUACCCUUUAUUUUAGGAUUUCCAUGCCCCUUCAAUGUAAGUAUCACGCAGUGAGCUUAAUAUCGUUAUGUGCGUUUAAUAUUAUUAUAUUAUUAUAUUAUUAUAUAUUAUUAUAUUAUUAUAUUUAAAUAAGAAAAAAGAUAAAUUUCCAAAGAACGAGUCAUAAACAGUGAUGACCUUUGUUCAAGGAAGCCAUUUCACAAAACAUUUUCAUCUUAGAUUGGUAUUUUCCUAUUCUGGAUCAGGGGUUUCCUGUUUAGCUGUAACCGGUAGCCUGCACUCAGGGGGCAGAGGGGCAGAAAACCUCUGCACCUCAGAUGGUAUUAGCCCUGACGUCAUUAUUACUUAUAAUAAAAUCUAGAAAGAUUCUACUUUUCUGAGCUUCUCGCUCGCUAGAAUAUGCAGAGAAUAUUAGAGGUUGUAAAUGUAAACAUUCUUUUUUUAGGGUCACUGCUGCGGAGAAGGUCUGGAAUGCCGAAGUGUUUUUACAGUGAGCAAUGGCAAUCCAGGAGGUCCUACCAAGAAACCCGUUGAUCUUAAAUUCUGCAGAAGAAUCUCCGAUCCCGUUACACCACCCAUAGAGGUGGAUGAGGAAUAG